UUCAACAUGGCGGCUAAACUUGCAGAUUUUUGCGAUCGCACAUUUGAGAGAGAAAUCGAGUGUAAAGAAGGAAUACUUAAGAUAAAGCAAGCUGAAGUAGGUGACGAAAGCUGUGUUGUAUGGGAUGCUGCCCUAGUUCUCGCGAAAUAUCUACAAACAGAGCACUUUUGUCCCAAGGAACACCUCGUGAAUAAGCGAGUUGUCGAACUUGGUGGCGGCACUGGUGUUGUUGGACUAAUAGCUGCCUCGUGCGGUGCACAUGUGUGUUGUACAGACUUGCUUGAGGUUGUUCCUCUUAUUGAACUGAACAAAACCACUAACCAGCAUAUGAUCACUGGAACAUUCACAGCUGCCACCUUAAAAUGGGGUCAAGAUGUGUCAGCAUUUCAACCCUACCCAGAUCUUGUCUUAGUCGCUGAUUGCAUUUACUAUGAAGAGUCUUUAGAACCCCUGGUGUCAACACUUUGUGAUCUGAGCAAUGAGAACACAACUGUUUUGAUAAGCUAUGAAGAGAGAGCAAUGGGUAAGAAGCCUCAGCUGGAGAAAAAAUUCCAUCAGCUUGUUAAAGAACAUUUCGUAGUGGAAGAAAUUCCAGUAGAACAACAAGACCCGGUUUAUCACAGCCCUGAUAUUCACCUUCUAAAGCUUAAACGAAUAGUUUAAGGUGUGUGCAGUGAUGAUACGUGGGACUCGGUGCUUAGCAAGGUCUUAAGUCGGUUGGAGAAGAAUUCCGUCCCUGUACUGCCUCCUGAAGCCGAACAGGACGACAGCGUGUUUCUAUGCACUCGUGAACCUCCCCGGCUCGAAUACUGAGGCCUUCUUUGAUAGUCCUUCGUCGUUUGAAAGAAUGAAACCCGCCUUUCUUGGGCAUGACAGUGGACUCGAAAAACAGCGCAAAGAAAACGUGUUCCCUGAAAUUCGACCAUUUGGAAUUACCUAAUAUAUCGGCAUCAACGCUAAGCAACGGGAACAACUGCAAGGAUUUGAAAAGGUGUGCGCGAUUUAAGAGUUAACACCGGCUUGCAAAUUUACAUCCUUGCCUGGAAAAGUCGUACAGUUACAGAAGAGUUCGUUUGAAUCGUCUCAAAGUCGCAAAACUGGAAAAAGGUUUGGAAAUUUUGUGUCAAGCUUGAGACACUGAGAUAUCUGUUACUUCUAGAAUUUUUCGAAGUCUUGGAGUAGUAAAUGAAGAAAGUCUUGCAAAUGUUUGUCCCAACUUCUACAUCAACCACGAAUUUAGUCCACAAAGCUCCAGAUCGGCCAGAAAUAUUUCAGCGGCAUUUAUGCUCCUUUUGUAAGUGAAAAUGCGCUACAUCACUCCACUUCUGAGUGGCCCUACAUACACUACUUAGUCCUCUUUUAACAUUAUAGAUAUUUCUUGUAAAAUAUUGCAACAAAAAUUGAAACACUGGUGUCGAAGCUUGAAUUUUUUUUCUCUCAGAGAAGAAGCAGUGUAGUUUCAGUUGACCAGAAGCCAAUGGCUUUCCUGUCAAUGCGCUUUUAGAGUUGUAACGUGUAAAUGUCGUCCAAUUAGUCGUCCUUUUCUCAUCUGUACCAAAAUUAAACCAGCCUAAAGAACAACUAUUGCUUUUGUGAUUAAAUAAAGCGCGUAAAGAUCAA